UUUAUUAUUUCCAUUUUCCCUCACCUUCCCCCCUACCCUAUGUAUUUAGACGACAGAGUUAUUGAAUAUAGUAAUUGGUUAAUAUAUUACACGUGAAAAACUAUUGUACUGGCAUUUACUGUGAUUGUUUUACUUUAUUGCAACAACAAAGAAUUUCCCCCUCCCAUAAAUAAAAAGUGAAAAAAUUCCAAUUCAUUUUCUGUUUUGCAAUUUACAAAUUAAAAUCCAAAAAUUAUGAGUUCUGGUAAGGUUUUUUUUUUGAUUUGGUACAGUGACAAAUUUUCAGAAAAAAACAAAUUUUAGAUCAAGGAAAAGUGUCAGUUGAGCCGCCACCGCCAGAACCAGCACCGAUUGAUGUGGUGCCGGAUAUUCCGGAGUUCGAGUAUGAGCUGGUUGAAAAUAUGAUGAUGUCACCCGGUUCAAGUGUCGAAUCGGUGAAUUCAGUUGGAAUUCCACGUUUCGAAGACGGGCGGCAUCCGAAUGUGAAGUUGUUCGUUGUGAUUUUCGCGUUACUUGGCAACAUAUUCAUGAUCUACCAAUCGAUACGUGACAUUCCGCGACAAUAUCGAUCGAUUAUUUGUGAUGCUUUCGGGUUCAGCGAUUGUUUGGAUAGUUUGGAAAUGCAAAUUCCCAUAGUUGAGUACUGUGACCUUUGCCUCCGUGUUUCCAUGGAAUUCAUGUUCCCGGUGGGUGUGCUCAUUGUGUUCUCGAUCACACAGAUUCUUAUCACAGUAUCUCCGGGAAUGGCUUCUCGUAUUCGGAAUCCGAUUCCAUCACUGGCUUCGUUCAUCUAUAUGUCAUUUUUUUUCAAGUGCAUAACGAACUUGCUCACGUCUAUCGCGAUGCUACCCUAUCUUGGAUGUACCGAUCAACCAUCAUUUUGGGGGGAGUAUCUCGCUGCCGGCUUGUUGGGACUUUUCUGGAUGUAUUCGCUGCUUAACAUGGGUGUAUUCACUAGAAUAACCUACCACAACUUCAUUAGAGCACGAGAAAAUUACGAGAGACAAGUUGUGCGGAAUGGGAUGGUGGUGGAACUUGAAGUUUAAAUAAAUAAAUGUUUGGUUGGAUAA